UUGAUUGCGCAUGCGUUCACUUUCAAGGACAAUCAAUUACAAGUCUUCAUUCCGGCGAGAUUUAAGAGAAGCAUUUUGAUGAUAGGUGUCUUUGGAUAAAAAGUGAUAAAAUUUAAUUUUCAAAUUAUUUGUCCUACACGAGGAGUUUUAAGAAAUGAAUACAAAGAAAAGAAUUUGCGUGAUUGGGGCAGGUCCAAGUGGAAUGUCUACUCUAUACCACUUUGCUAACAAGAUGGGUAGCGGAAGUGACAUAGAACUCGUAUGCUACGAAAAACAAAAUGAUUGGGGUGGGUUGUGGAACUACAGCUGGAGGACAGGCACGGACGAAUAUGGAGAAUUAUGUCAUAACGGAAUGUACACUAAUCUCUUCACUAACGGGGCAAAAGAGUUUCACGAGUACCCGGACUACACAUUCGAGGAUCAUUUCAAAAAGGCAAUCCCUUCGUUCCCCCCGAGGACUGUAAUCAGAGAUUACUUUGAAGGACGAUGGACACAAAAAGGGAAAGCAAACUUGAAGAAAUACAUAAAAUUCAACAAUGUUGUGCGCCAUGUGUGUUUUGACGACGUAAAAUCCCAGUUUACAGUGGAAGCCUAUGAUCUUGUUGAUAACAAAACCACCACAGAAGCUUUCAGUCACGUGCUUGUUGCUAUUGGUAUUUUUAAUUGCCCCAAAGUACCUUCCAUUGAUGGAAUCGAAUCGUUCAAAGGUCGUGUGAUGCAUUCACAUGACUUCAGAAACGCCAGCGACUUCCGUGACCAACGAGUACUUGUUAUUGGAUCAAGUUAUUCAGCAGAAGAUAUUUCAAUUCAAUGCCUUAAAUUUGGCGCCAAAAGUAUCAUCUGCACAUGGAAGAAUAAAGCGAUGGGAUUCAAAUGGCCAAAAGGUAUAGAAGAACGUCCGUUAGUACAAAAGUUCGUUGGCAAUUGUGCUACAUUCAAAGAUGGAUCCCGUGCAGAAUUCGACACAGUGAUUUUCUGUACAGGGUACCAUUAUGCUUUUCCGUUUAUGGAAGACAAGCUGCGUUUAACCUCAGACGUAUCUUUCUACCCUGACAAUCUGUACAAAGGAGUUCUUUGGGUUAAUGGUGGCGACAACAAGCUUUUCUAUGUGGGUGUCCAAAACCAGUACUUCAGCUUCACAAUGUUUGACGUACAAGCUGUUUGGGUUUUCAUGUACAUAAAUGGUAAAAUCAAGAAGAAGUCCAGAGGCGAGAUGCAAAAGGACAUACAGAAAUGGGUUCAAAGACUGCCGAAACUUGACACGUGUGACAAAGCUAUUGAUUUUCAGACAGAGUACAUGGCUGAGCUUAUAAAGGACACAGGAUAUCCAGAGAAAGCUGUUAAAUCCGGUAAACUCAUGCACGAUUGGAUCGCUCAUAAGAAUGAUAACAUUCUCACGUACAAAGACCAAUGUCAUGCUUCCAACUGGACCGGAACCGUCGCACCAAAACCGAAAGUUCCAAUGUAUGAAGCGUUUGAUGACAGCAUCGGGGCGUUCAUUUAAAUACAAAUUAUUAGUUGAAACAUGAAUGACGGUCGGCGGUUGACGUAAUUUUAUAUUAUUGGACAUGUAUAACAUAUUUAUAGGAACAUUAAUUUGAUGAAUGAUCGUUUACAUAAUUUCGCAGCUUUGGAAUACAUUUUGUUUAAGUUAUCAAAUUAACUGAUGUUCGUUUACUUUUUCACAAGCAUCGCACAUUUGUCGGACGCUCGUCAAUUAAACGAUUGUUAACGAAAUUUUGCAAAAUAAAACUUGUACCGCGCAUUAAUUGGACAAUUAACGGACUGAACGUUUAGAGUAUCAGAUACGCAUUGAACGUUAAAAUGAACUGAAAUAAGUUUACCUUUGAAAAUAUUUUACUUAUAUAUCAUACAUGUACUGGGCUGACUGAACGUUUGUUUUUAUCAUCUUAUUUUUUUUGUAUUAUUUUGCAUUAUUGGGUUACAUUGUAUUAUCAAACUUUUAUUGGAUUUAUUUCUGAAUAAUGCUUUAAAUAUAUACGUUAUAUGAUAUUAUGUGCUAUUGUUUGAAGGUUGAACACAGAAAACACAGAAACAACUGCGUUAAAUUCUUCCCUUGUUUAUAUAGUUAUUCAAUAUCACAGGAAAAGCGCGUUCAUCACAAUAAAUUUAUAAUCUUAUGCAUAAAUUGUAGAAAAUAUUUUACGAUCCCUUUACGAGGGUUGUCCAAAAAAUUCAUGCACUGCAGUUAUUGUCAUGAGAGUUAUUAAUAAAAACAAAUGAAUUAUAUAUCACUUGAAGGGGAAACCUGUCUAAAAUAAGAAAACAAAAGAAAAAGCUCAGUAACCUUCGUGUCGUGUAAAAGAAUGGUCAUUAAGUUACCUUAGUAACGUUAUACCGGCGCACGACAAACAAUGGAUUAGUUCAUUACUGUUAUUGUAUUAAUUGUUUGUUGCUUGUAAAGUGGCAUUUGCUUUUUAUCUUAUAAUAAAAUUUUGUUUUUCUGUCAAUAGAGGAAUGAUUGAUGCAAAGUAUUUUGUAGUUUUUAUUUUUCUUAUGCAACGUACAUGUAACAUAUUCCACCAGUGCACGAAUAUAUUGCAAAACCCUCGUCACAUGCGCCGGCAUUACGGACGGACGUCUGCCUGGCUGGUUGUCAUCGUCUACCGACUCUCUCUCUCUCUCUUCUACAAAGCGUUUGUGCCAUUUAAAAGCCAGCCUUCGUGACUGAACUGGUCCUGCUUGCCCUUUUAAGUUCUUUGAAGGUAUCUGUUGGUGUUUUACCAAUUAAUGAUCGUCCGUAUUUCCAGACGUUUAGCGACUGACAUUUUCACGUAAUUGCAGUAUUGACGACCACACACAAAUGCUUGUUUACGAGCGUUACACUAGAGCAAAUAACGUCAUAUUUACUAGUGACGUUAGGAAUACAAAUACACACUUUUUCCUUAAUUUUAAUGUUUAUAUGUAGUGUUUAAAGAAUGACGUGAUGCAUCAAAAUAAUGAACUAACCACAUUUUUUUUCGUGCGCCGGUAUAUCGUUACCAAGGUUACUGUAUGACGAUUCGUUUUCACGACAUGAUGGUUACACGUUUUUUUCUUUUGUUUUCUUAUUUUGGACCGAUUUCCCCUUUAAAUGAUAUAUAAUAUAUGUUUUUCUAUUGUUACGAGCCAGGCGUAACUAGAAAGAAAAGCCAGCAACAAACUUGUAACAAUAUAACAAAUUUAUUACAGAAAAAUAUUAAAGAAAAAUAAAAUAACAAAUUACUUUACAAAUACCUGAAGUCCAAAUAAAAGUGAAAAUCUUAAAUGUCUAGUCUGAUCCUGGAAUGAUCCUUUUUGAAUAACACAGUUAAAUCCAAGUUAAAUCCAAGAACACUUUAGAAUAAAUUCCCACAAUAAAAUCCACAAGAAUAAUUUAUUUUAAAAUCCAAGCUCCAAUAAAUCACUUUAUAUCCAAGUUGAAUAAUACUCCAAAUAUAUUGAUUUCUAAAAGAUCACUGAU